AGCGCCCGCCUCCGCCGCCCCACUCGUUGCUAGGUAACCGCUCGCGCAAAGCACCCCGGGAAAGAAAGGCCGCCUGAGGGGAGGGAGGGAGGCUGGCCUGCGCUUUGCCUUUCGCACUCGGGCGGGAGCCAGCCGAGUCCGGAGACAGAGACAGAGAGCCCUGUUAGUCGUAGAAUCCGAACGGUCCCCUAAAGAGCAGUUUGGACUCCAGCUCCCAGAAUCCCAGGCCAUUGGCCGGCAUGGCUGAGGCUUCUGGGAGAUGAAAUCCAAGAUCCCUCAAAGGGCACUCUGUGGAUCUGGUCUCUGUCUGCCUCAGAGCAGAAGCCUUAGGGCCAGGGAGACGGUCAAACUGGGCUCUGAGAGCCGGAACCAGGGCUUGGAAAUCCAUCGGGCCACUUUAGGCCAGGAGCCACACUCUCUCAGCCUCAGAAGAAGCCUUGCCAAGAAAACCCUAAGACAGGACAGCCACAGGGAAGCCAUACUUGCCCAGAAAGAGACUCAUUGGAGAAUACUGACAAGCAAGUCUUUCCCCAAUGUCUCCCUCAAGGCAAGUAUUCUCCAAUGAUUCCCUGGCAAUAAACUGUGCUCCUUGAAGGGUUUUGGACUCCAGCUCCCAGAAUCCCAGGCUGUUGGGCAGCGUGUCGUCUUUCCGGAUCAGUGCUGCCUUCAGUCCCAGUAAACAACCUUCUGGUCAGAAAUGGCUCCAUACUGAGGAGGGCUGGAGGCCCUUGCGGCUCCAUCGCCCUUCUCUUCUCCCUUCUCCUUCCUUUCCUCCUUCAGGUAUUCAGGCAGCCAUGCCCGCUUCUCCUGCUUCCUGCAGGCUCCCAGACGCCUGGCCAAGCCAUCGCCCGCCCUGCUGCUGCUCUUGCCCCGCCGCCUCCGCCCCUUGGGCCGGCUGGCUGCUGCGUUGGCUGGUCCUGCCUUGGUGGGGCUGGGGGCCGGCUUCUGCAGCAGGGUCUUCUGCCAGGAGGCCAAGAAGGUGGAGAUGAUCUGCGUCCCUCCGCCGGUGGUGGAAAAGGAGCCGGACUUUAACUGGGCCAUGUUCUGGAAGUUCUUGCGUCCGCAGAUCCUGGCACUGACAGCGGCUGUCUUGUUUGCCCUGGGAGCUGCCCUCCUCAAUGUCCAGAUCCCUCUCCUCCUGGGCAAGAUGGUGAAUGUGGUGGCACGACACAUGCGCGUGUCUGACUACCUGCGUGCGGUGCGUCAGCCUGCCCUGCGCCUCUUGACCAUCUAUGGCCUCCAGGGGGUGAUGACCUUUGGAUACAUCCUGCUGCUCUCCUGGAUUGGGGAGAGGGUCGCCAACAGUAUGCGCAAACAGCUCUUUGCUUCUUUAAUCAGGCAGGAGGUGGCCUUCUUUGACGCCAAUCAGACAGGGCAGCUGGUGAAUCGCCUGACAGCCGACAUCCAGGAAUUCAAAUCUUCCUUCAAGCUUGUUAUCUCUCAGGGCCUCCGCAGCCUCACCCAGACGGUGGGCUGUUUCGUCUCUCUCUACCUCAUCUCCCCCAAGCUGACAGGGCUGCUAGUCGUGGUGAUGCCCUUCCUGGUGGGGAUUGGCGCCUUCCUCGGCGCCUCUCUGCGCAAGCUCUCCCGCCGAGCCCAAGAGCAAGUCGCCAAGGCCACGGCCGUGGCAGAUGAAGCACUGGGCAAUGUUCGAACGGUGCGGGCCUUUGCCAUGGAGACCAAAGAGAUCCAAGAAUAUUCAGCAGAGGUGGACCACUCCAGCCGCCUCAACAUGAACUUGGGGCUGGGCAUUGCCUUUUUCCAGGGGCUCUCCAAUGUGGCCCUCAACUGUGAGUGGGAGCAGAGUUCUGCCAGCCUCCUGAGACCCCCCACCCUCUUUCCUGCCUGUGUGCUCUGCCCACAGAUUCUUCCAUCAUUGCUAUCUCCUGCAGCUGCUUUGUCUUCUUCAGGUAUUGUGUUGGGCACCAUUUUUGUGGGUGGCUCCCUCAUGGCUGGAGCAGAAAUAACGCCUGGAGACCUCAUGUCCUUCUUGGUGUCUUCCCAAACAGUGCAAAGAUCCAUGGCCAGUAUGUCUAUCCUCUUUGGCCAGGUGUUGCGGGGCAUGAGUGCUGGGGCCCGUGUCUUUGAAUUCAUGAUUCUGACCCCGGAGAUCCCUGUGUGUGAGAGAGAGCAGCUCGCUUGCAGCAUGCUGAGUGGGCACAUUGAAUUCCAGGAUGUCAACUUCAGUUAUCCCACACGGCCGGACGCCCAGGUGCUGCGAAACUUCAGCCUCACCCUCCCUGCUAACAAGACGGUGGCGAUCGUGGGGCAGUCUGGAGGAGGGAAGUCAACUGUGGCAGCCCUCCUGGAGAGGUUCUAUGAGCCCACGGAGGGUGCAAUCUUCUUGGAUGGGCGGGACAUCUGUACCCUUGACCCUUCCUGGCUCCGUGGGGAGAUCAUUGGAUUCAUUAACCAGGAGCCGGUGCUCUUCAGCACAACCAUCAUGGAGAACAUCCGCUUCGGCAAGCCUUGUGCCUCGGAUGCUGAGAUCUUUGCCGCUGCCCGCCUCGCCAACGCGGAUGAGUUUAUUCGCAACUUUCCUGAUGGCUACAACACCGUUGUGGGUGAGCGGGGGGUGACCUUGUCUGGAGGCCAGAAGCAGCGGGUGGCCAUCGCUCGGGCCCUCAUCAAGAACCCCAAAGUGCUGAUCUUGGACGAGGCCACAAGCGCCCUGGACGCUGAGUCAGAGCACGUGGUCCAGGAGGCGUUGGACCGGGCAGUGGCCGGCCGCACCGUGUUGGUCAUUGCUCAUCGCCUCAGCACUGUGAGGGAUGCUGAUCUCAUUGUGGUCCUCUCAAAGGGCCGGGUGGCUGAGGUAAGUGAGCAAAGGUGGGGCAGUAGGUGAAAUUCAAAAUGACUGCAGUAUUUGCAGGUAAAGUGGGUCCUAAGAAAGGCCAGUGCUGGGGUUGCAGCCGAGGCUUGGAACCCAGGCUCCUUUGGUGUGUGAUCAGUUUCCCUUUCUGCUGCCUUAAACGUAGAAUCAUAGAAU